AUUGUUUGUCAGUGACGCCAGACACGUGUUGAACAAUAUGCCACAAGUGCUUACAAGACGUCCCCACUAUCGAAGGUAUUCUACAGGUGACGAUUCAGAAACGUCCAUUUCAGACGUGACAUCACGAUCAUCAACACCUCAAACAGAAACUAGUAGUGGCGUCACCUGUGAAACGUCGGCGUUUGAAGUGGCCGCUCUAUAUGCACUACCGAGCCCUUCGCUGAUUAGCGAACGUAUGAAAUUGUGCGAAGGAAAAGUGAGUUGCACGGAUAUUUGUCGGAUGUACGCCAGAUCUAGAAUGAUUCAGGCCGCUCGCGAAGCUCAUCUUUCGCUGAUUACGAAAUGCUCUAAUUGCGAUAAAACAUUUGCUACUCCUCACGGUCUUGAAGUUCAUUCUAGACGCUGCAAUCAAUCGACAGAAUCUUGCAAACAAGAGAGAACAUUUGAGUGUAAAGAAUGUGGAAAGAGUUUCAAGAGAUCUUCAACGCUCUCAACUCAUCUGCUUAUUCAUAGCGACACUCGGCCAUUUGCCUGUCCUUUCUGCAGCAAGCGCUUCCAUCAGAAAUCGGACAUGAAGAAACACACCUAUAUUCACACCGGUAAGCUCCGCCCAUUUGUGCAUAAUGCAUACACUGACAUUUCGAUGAUGCCGAGAAUUGCCGAGAAUUGUCCGUUCUCUCGGGAAAUCAUAACAUGA